UAUUCUUUCAAAUUAUUGGUCCACAUCCCUUAUUGAAAUGGGAGAUAUUGUAACUAAGGAGUCGUUUGAUUGGCUAUUUAGUGAUCCGAAAAUUCUUAAAGCCUCUAAAAUAAUUUGUAGACUUAUGGAUGAUAUUGUGUCCCACAAGUUUGAGCAAGAAAGAGGGCAUGUGGCCUCUAGCAUUGAGUGUUACAUGAAACAAUAUGGUGUGACGGAAGAAGAAACUAUUGAAGAAUUUCGAAAGCAAAUUGUAAAUGCAUGGAAGGAUAUUAACGAAGAGUUUCUCUUCCCAACUUCUGUCCCAAUGCCUAUCUUGUUGAGAAUCCUCAAUCUUGCCCGAGUGAUAGAUGUAUUGUACAAGUCUGAAGAUGGCUACACACAUGCUGAAGGUGUAUUAAAAGACUUUGUUUCUUCUUUACUCAUUGAUCCUGUGUUAUAAUUGCUUGUAUGCUAGGUUGGUUGUUCUAUGUUUCGAAAUUAGAGGAAAUUUUUAGAUUUCGUUUUUGGUAAGUCGUUUAU